AGAUAAAAUAAACUUAACUUAUCUCAUUAAAAUGUAAAAUAUUUAUAAAUAUGGAUAUAACUAAAAACGACGGUGACUUGGGUGAACUAUUGAUGAUUUUGGGGGAUUUGUAUGUCCCAAAUAGGUCUUUGGUUCUUCCAUUAUGUUUCAAAAAACUUCUAAAAACAGACAAAAUUAAGAGAGUUAUAUGUACCGGUAAUGUUGGAUCAAAAGAGAUGUACGAUGAACUCCUAGAGAUAUCACCGACUUUACACAUUGUACAAGGAGAUUAUGAUAUUAGAUCCAAAUAUCCUGAACAACUAAUAAUCAGUAUAGGAAAUUAUAAAAUCGGUGUUAUAAAUGGGUACCAAAUACCCUCUUGGGGGAAUAAGGAGCUAUUACUCAAACGUGCGAUGGAAAUGGAAGUGGACUUGUUAAUUCAUGGGCACAGUCAUAUAAGUGAUAUUUAUAAGUACUCUGGGAAAGUCUUUGUAAAUCCUGGCUCAGCAACUGGUGCAUUCCAACCAUGGCAACCAAACGCAAUACCCACAUUCAUGCUUAUGGCUAUCCAAGGUCAAAAGAUAGUCAUAUAUGUGUAUGAAGAUCACAAUGGUGAGGCUCAAGUAAUAAUGACGGAAGUGGAUCAAUUGGAAAACGAAAAGGUCAUAGAGACAUCGGCUCAGCUCGUGAUGCCACAGGUAAAUCUAGACAUAAACCAUCAUGAAGUACAUUAAGUAAUAAAUUAAUAAUAUGGUA